CCCCGUUCGUUCGUCCCUCUCUCUCCUAUUGAAGUCGUCCGUCUCCGACUGAAGAUGCCUUCGUCUGGUUCCGUCUCCAGCUCCCCAAUCUAAGAAAAGACCCAACGAUCAGGGUCCCGUAGACUCUACCUCUCUACAACUUCGUCUCAACCCCCGGGGAAGACCAAAGCUCAAUCUAUGGUGUGUAGGGAUCGAUGAUGUCAACCAUAUAAACGUAAAUACCAAAUCUACCCAAACCGGUUACCUCAAGGAGCUUCAAGCACUUCUUUGGUUGUCUCAAGAUCCCGUCUUUGCAUUUUCUUCAUUUGCAAAGGAAACAAGCUCUACCUUUAUAACAAGCCAAGUAGCAUGACUUCUGCUCUACUUUACAGCUUCCUAACUGACAAACGGAUGUUCAAAGAGGCCAUUGUAGCUAAUAAGAAAAGCAUCUUCAAGACUUUUCAUCUCAAGGAUGUUGCCAAUUAUAUGUAUUGCCUGCAACAAAUUUGGGUUUUGGAAGGAUCUAUACCUGAAGAGGUACGCAAACAUAAUAUGAUCGAACCGGAGGACAAUGCUAAAGCGAUGGAAUGAUGUACAAGAUAAUAUCAAGAAAGAAAAUAAUGAAUAUGUUAUUUAGAAAUAUGAUCUUAAAUAUGUUUUGUACGAAUAAAUCUAAGCUUCUGCAUGUAUAAUUGUUACUCCGAUAUUAAUCAAGAAAUUAUGUCUAAUGCUCCACUUACUGAUUUAAGAAGUUAGACCCAUUAACACCGCGCGUUGGAUAUUUGAAUAAAUUUGGGUAUCCGGG